AUGGACAUGUACAUUAUUCCUUUAAUGGGACUAUUAUAUUUUCUAUCCAACUUAGAUAAAUCAAAUAUUGGUAAUGCUCAAAUUGCAGGUUUAACCGAGGAUUUAAAUCUUGUUGGUACGCAAUAUAACGUCUGUGUCACUUUAUUCUAUGUCACUUACAUUGUUUUCGACCCAGUGGGCUCUACAAUUUUGAAAUUCCUCGGUCCAAAAUUGAUGCUAAGUACUUCCUUAUUUGCCUUUGGUGUUAUCUCAUUUUGUACUGCCUGGGUCAAAAAUUAUCAUGGAUUAUUGGUGAUUAGGUUAUUGCUGGGUGCUUCCGAAGGUCUAAUCUAUCCGGCCAUUAACAUGUACCUAUCCGUUUGUUACAGGAGGGAACAAUACGCAAAAAGAUUUGCAUAUGUGUUCACGGCAGCCUGUAUAUCGUCCUCAUUUGGAGGUCUCAUUUCUUAUGGUUGCGCUCACAUUAACGGUUCAUUAAGUGCAUGGCAAUAUAUCUUCAUUGUUGAAGGUUGUAUUUCUAUUGGCUGUGUUCCUUUAUUCAUAUUUGGUUUGAGCAAGCAUUUACAGGAUUCCUGGUUUUUUGAUGAAGAAGAAAAAGAAUAUGUUAUUGAAAGAUAUAAAUCGAUGAGUACCUUCAACCCAGCUGAUCAAUUUAGUUGGUAUCAAGUUUUCUUAGCCGUUAAAGAUGUUAAAACAUGGGUCUGUUCAAUCGCAUUGUUUGGUAUUGAUCUAACGACUUUCGGGUUAACCGUCUUUUUACCAAGCAUCAUUACUACAAUGGGUUUUACAAAUGUUAGAGCCCAAUUAAUGACUGUUCCAGUUUAUUUCCUUUCAGCAGUUACAUUCUUCAUAUGUGCAUUAUAUUCAGAUAAAUGGAAAAUUAGAUUUCCAUUCAUUAUGGGUGCAUGUCUAAUAACAUCAGUGGGAUUAGCAAUCGUAUUAGGAUCUGAAAUCCACGGUGUAAGAUACUUUGGAGUCUUCAUACUUUGCAUGGGUAUUUACGUCAGUGCUGCCUGUAAUUGUUUAUGGUUAAGUGGUAAUAACGCUAACUACUAUAAGAGAGCUACAGCUUUAGGUAUCAAUUUAUUCUUUGGUUCAGGUUCGGGUAUCCUUUCAGGUCAAGUCUUCUUAACAAAGGACAAACCAAAAUACACUCUGGGUCUAUCACUCUGUUUGGGGUUCCAACUACUUUCUUUUAUAUUGACUUUUGUUCAAUUUCUACUGUAUUGGAAAGAAAAUAAGAAGAAAGAAAAAAUCAUUAGUCGUUAUAGAGAAAUUGAUGAACCUGUACCAUAUGACGAAUUAUUAGGGGACCUCAACCCAGAAUUCCGCUACAUGUACUGA